AUGACCACCGUCCCAUCGAUCGAGAAAUUGAACCAAGAAACCCCGGAGAAGUUCUUGGAAGCUGUCAACACACUAUUCGAAACUGCACCUCCUUUGGCCGACCGUCUUCUAGCAGCACGUCCCUUCGACUCUUAUGAGCAGCUCAUCGACACUGCCGAAAAAAUCUGCCUGGGCGAUGAAUUGACUCAACAGGAGAAACUCGACGUUAUCAACGCUCAUCCUAGAAUUGGUGAGAACAAAGCUAAUCUCUCUGCUAUGUCGCUGAAGGAGCAGGGCUAUGACAAACGUCAGGGUGAAGUUUCCGAGGAGGACCAGAAGGUUAAUGCCAGACUCGCAGAACUCAAUAAGGAAUACGAAGCUAAAUACGGAUUUAAAUUCGUUGUUUUCGUCGCUGGCCGUCCUCGAUCUGAAAUCAUUCCUGUGAUUGAGCAACGCAUUGCCUCGAACAACCCCGAGCAGGAAAUGAAGACUGGUAUCACUGAUAUGAUGCUCAUUGCUCGCGACCGUCUGAAGAAGGCAACAAAGUAA